UAGUUACUUUCGUUUGCUCUUCUAAUCCUGUGCUUACAGAUGCGACUUUGUCCGGACGAAAUCCUGGGGGUACCUCCGUAACGGCUCUUUCGACGGCAUGGUGGGGGAACUGCAGCGGGGGAGGGGGGACGUGGGCGGAUCCGGCGUGUUCUUCCGGGCGGACAGGGCGCAGUUUAUUCAGUAUGUUGUGGAAGUGUGGAAGGUCAGGCCCUGCUUCAUAUUCCGUCACCCGAAGUACCCUGGCGGCUUCUACUCAGUGUUUACGCGGCCGCUCUCCACCACGGUGUGGGGGUGUCUGGUGUUGUUACUGGUCGUGGCCGCGGCGCUAAUGGUCGCGAUGUUAUGGGCGUCCGCUUUUGAUGAUACGUCGUUGUCGCUCAUGUUCGUGUUUGUGAGCGGAGCUGUUGGACAGCAAGGUAUACCCAUAUACAGCCAAUCCUCAGCAAUCAAGAUACUGAUAUUCUCGACUCUGAUCUUCACACUGACGAUAUACCAGUACUACAAUGCUACAGUCGUGUCCACUCUGCUUAGAGAACCCCCCACCACAAUACGCACCCUCGAGGAUUUGUUGCACAGCAAAAUGGACAUCGGAAUUGAGGAUACGCUGUACGAUAGAGACUAUUUUCGGCGCACAACCGACCCAAUAGCUAUUCAGCUCUACCGCACGAAGAUAGACACGCCCAAGCACCGCAACAUAUUCCCCGCUGAAAUCGGCAUGCAGCUGGUCAGGGCGGGCGGAUUCGCCUUCCACCUGGAGAGCGUGGCGGGCUACCGGCUGAUGCGGGGCGGGUUUGAGGAGCGGGAGAUCUGCGAGGCGCAGGAGGUGGCGCUGUACCCGCCGCAGCACGUCGGCGUCGUGGUGAAGAAGGGCUCGCCGUAUAGAGAGUUCUUUGCUGUUGGUAUCCGCAAAAUGUACGAAUCCGGAAUCAUGGUGCGUUUGAACAGCGCGUGGGAGGAGUCGAAGCCGGCGUGCGUGAGAACCCCGGACACGGGCGCCAUAUCCGUCACCAUAGCUGACUUCAGCAUGGCGUUAGUGGUGGUGGGACUCGGUAUGGUGGUGGCAGGAAUCGCGCUGGUGGGGGAAAUGGUUGUGUUUAGGUUAAGCAGACGUUAGUGAAAUAAGUAGAAAAGAUCGAUUUUUGUAGAAAAAAUAUGUAGGCUUAAAAAAUCGCAAUUUACUACACGAUGAUAGGUAUAGCUUUACAAAUCGACGGUCUUAUUGUUUGCAGUUUCUUCUAGAAACAAAACCGGUCGAGGAGCACGUAGA